GUAGAAUCGGUAGUAAAGAAAGACAUUGUUCUCUUCUUCGAUUGUUUACUUUUGCGUUUUUCUCGCCCGCUCGCUUGCUCGUCUCCUCCUAUAGGCAGAUCUGAGUUUGGACAAAGAAGAAAACUCCGUUACCAGGUAAAGCAUUCAGGAAAACAUGCCUCCCCAGAAGAUCGAAACGGGUCACAGCGACAUUGUCCACGAUGUGGUCAUGGAUUACUAUGGAAAGCGAGUAGCAACUGCUUCAUCAGACUGUACUAUCAAGAUAACCGGAGUAAGCAACAGUGGCGGAUCUCAGCAGCUAGCCACCUUAACCGGUCACCGAGGUCCGGUCUGGCAAGUCGCUUGGGCGCACCCAAAGUUUGGUUCUCUCCUCGCUUCGUGUUCCUAUGAUGGCCAAAUCAUAAUAUGGAAAGAAGGUAACCAAAACGAAUGGACACUGGCUCAUGUCUUCACAGACCACAAAGUAUCAGUAAACUCUAUCGCUUGGGCUCCCCAUGAGCUCGGUCUCUCCUUAGCCUGUGGAGCAUCCGACGGAAACAUAUCGGUUUUCUCAGCUAGAGCCGAUGGCGGUUGGGACACGACAAAGAUAGACCAAGCACACCCGGUUGGAGUCACUUCUGUCUCUUGGGCACCAGCCACAGAACCAGGCGCUCUCGUUAGCUCGGGCAUGCAAGAACCGGUUUACAAAUUAGCAUCGGGCGGGUGUGAUAGUAAGGUAAAAGUGUGGAGAUUCGCCAACGGGUCGUGGAAAAUGGAUUGUUUCCCGGCCCUUGACAAGCACACGGAUUGGGUCAGGGACGUGGCUUGGGCGCCCAACUUAGGCCUCCCAAAGUCAACGAUAGCCAGUGGUUCAGAAGAUGGGAAAGUGAUCAUAUGGACAAUCGGGAAAGAAGGUGAGCAAUGGGAAGGUAAGGUUUUGAAAGAUUUCAAGACACCGGUUUGGCGGGUCUCGUGGUCGUUGACCGGUAACUUGCUGGCUGUUUCCGAUGGGAACAAUAACGUUACGGUCUGGAAAGAGGCUGUGGAUGGAGAGUGGGAACAAGUCACUGUCCUUGACCCAUAGAUUUUACUGUCUUUUAUUUUGUGUUAAUAUCGUCAAAUGUGGUUUCUUUUUACAUUUUUCAUUUUCUAGGGACUUGUUACUUGUUUUCUCUCUAUACGUUUUUCAGAAAAAAUAUGUAUUUUAAAUUUUGUAAUCAGACAUUAAGAAGUUUCAUUUCAAUUAAAUUUCCAUCUA